CGGAUACGCGCAGGUCAAGUACAUGCAGCCCAUGGUGAAGGGGCCCCUGGGACCCCCAUUUCGGGAAGGCAAAGGGCAGUACCUCGACAUGCCGCCGCUGCUGCCCAUGGACCUCAAAGGGGAGCCAGGACCACCUGGGAAGCCCGGCCCACGUGGCCCCCCCGGACCUCCUGGCUACCCAGGAAAGCCAGGCACGGGGAAGCCAGGCAUGCAUGGUCAGCCAGGGCCUGCGGGGCCCCCUGGCUUCUCUGGCAUCGGGAAACCUGGCAUCCCAGGACUGCCUGGCAAAGCGGGUAUGAAGGGGAUGCCCGGAGCCAAGGGUGAGCCUGGUAUGCGGGGAGAGCAAGGGCCCAGAGGACUGCCUGGCCCCCCAGGGCUGCCAGGGCCCGCUGGCAUCUCAGUCAAUGGGAAACCAGGACCCCAGGGCGGCCCAGGGCUGCCAGGGUUUCGGGGUGAGCCUGGCCCCAAAGGAGAGCCAGGACCCCGUGGGGAGAGAGGGAUGAAGGGUGAAAAUGGGGUGGGAAAACCAGGGCUGCCAGGGCCACGGGGCAAUGGUGGCCCUCCUGGCCCUGCGGGGCCGCCAGGACCUGUCGGCGUUGGCAAACCCGGCCUCGAUGGGCUGCCUGGAGCGCCAGGGGAGAAGGGUGACAUGGGCCCCCCCGGGGGGCCAGGGGUCAGUGGGGAACCCGGACCUGCAGGGCCACGGGGGCCGCCUGGCAUCGAUGGGAUCGGCGUCCCCGGUGCUGCAGGGGUGCCAGGGAUACAGGGCCCUAUGGGGCCAAAGGGGGAACCGGGCAUCCGCGGCCCCCCCGGUUUGCCGGGCGCCACAGGCUAUGGGAAGCCAGGCUUGCCCGGCCUCAAAGGAGACCGCGGGCAGCCCGGGGUGCCGGGAGCCAUUGGCGAUAAAGGGGAACCCGGAGUCGAUGGCGAGCCGGGUGAGCAGGGCCCCGCCGGCAUCAUCGGGCCACCAGGCCCACCGGGGUCCACAGGGCUGCCGGGCAAGCACGGGCUGCCAGGCCCUAAGGGCGACGUGGGGCCCAGCGGGCCGCCAGGAAUGCCAGGGAUGCGAGGUGACCAGGGCCCGAAUGGCUUCGCAGGGAAACCAGGAGUGCCAGGAGAGAGGGGUCUGCCCGGCUCACAGGGCCCCCCCGGCCCAGCGGGCCCCAAAGGAGAGCCGGGGUUCAUCGGCCUCCCUGGGGUGCCGGGGUUGACGGGUGGCCCCGGGCCCAAAGGGGACGGUGGGAUCCCGGGGCAGCCGGGGCUGAGGGGCCCCUCGGGCAUCCCCGGCUUGCAGGGACCCGCAGGGCCCAUGGGGCCUCAGGGGCUGCCGGGGCUCAAAGGGGAGCCGGGGCUGCCCGGUGUUCCCGGCGAGGGGAAGAUGGGCGAGCCUGGCGUGGCCGGCCCCAUCGGCCCACCAGGAAUGCCAGGAACACCGGGGCUCAACGGGCCGCCCGGCCCCCCUGGGCCUCCUGGGCCACCGGGAGCACCGGGGGUGUUUGACGAGACGGGCAUCGCGGGGCUGCAUCUGCCUGACGGCGGCGUGGAGGGCGCCGUGCUGGGCAACGGCAAGCCGGGCAAGCCGCAGUACGGCCGCGGGGAGCUCUCCGCCCGCAUCGCGCCCGCCUUCACCGCCAUCCUCACCUCCCCCUUCCCGGCGUCCGGCAUGCCCGUCAAGUUCGACCGGACUUUGUACAACGGGCACAACGGCUACAACCCGGUCACAGGGAUAUUCACCUGCCCCAUCUCCGGCAUCUACUACUUCGCCUACCACGUGCACGUCAAAGGGACCAACGUCUGGGUGGCUCUUUAUAAGAACAACGUGCCCGCCACCUACACCUACGAUGAGUACAAAAAAGGCUACCUGGACCAGGCGUCGGGCAGUGCCGUGCUUGAACUGAAGGAGAACGACCAGGUCUGGGUGCAGAUGCCCUCCGACCAGGCCAACGGGCUGUACUCCACAGAAUACAUCCACUCCUCCUUCUCUGGGUUCCUGCUUUGCCCCACAUAACGGCUGUUGGGCGCAUUUCCUUUUCACACACUUUAGCCAUAAACUGUCAUUUUUUUUUUGGUUGGUUUUUUUUUUUUUUAAUAUUUUUUUUUUUUUUUUUUUAAUGAAUACAAAAAGAAAAUCACUGGGAAGAACGCGCAAGCCGUUGU